AUACUUCAUAUUUUCUUAGGGUAACACCAAUAACCUCACUUUUUAAUGGCGGAUGCGCUUGCGUGAUGCCGGUUUCGUGUUAUUAUUGCCUCUAAUUUAGCGUCUAUUUCUGUGAAGUAGUAUUACAAUUGAUUUUAAGUGGAAAUUAUAUAUCGAGAAUAUAGAAAAUGGUAGCGCCAAAGAAGGGUCGUGGUGCGAAAUCGCAGGCGGCUAAAGCUAAAACUGCCGCUGUCGAGGAGCAGAUUCCAGAAACUGAAGUAGAGCCCAUGGAGGCGACGGAGGAGAAUAAUGGCGAGUCUGAGCAGGCAGAGCAGGGUGACGAGGCGGCCGGCCAGGACGGGCAGGCACAGACCGAGGGGCAGGGUCAAGAGACUGCAGAGGGAGAGGCUAAAGCUGAAGACAAAAAGGAAGAGAAAGUGGAAUCGGGUAAAUUGCUCGUCGAGAAUUUACCCUCGAGCUACCUCUUUGACUACCAAGAUAAGCUUAAGGAGUUAUUCUCUAAACACGGAGAAGUCAUCAGUGUCAAACGUGGUCCAAUCAUUGUUACUGAACUGACCACAACUCCGACAUUAUCGGCUAUAGUCGAAUUCAAAAACAAAGAGUCUCUGGACAAGGCCCUGACGGAGGAGGGCACGGUGCUGGACGGCAGCCCGAUCUCGGUGGCGGUGGAGUCCCGCGCCGAGACCGCCGUGCUGGUGGGCGUACCCUACGAGGCCAGCACAGACUACGUCCGCCUGCUUUUCUCGCAGUGCGGCGAAGUCGCGCACAUACACGAGUUCAGCAAGACCAAGUACAAGAUAUUGCGGGUAACCUUCCACGCUAAAGAAGCGGUGGAAAAAGCAUUGAAACUGGAUCGAGAACUGCGCAUCAACGGGUUCCUCAUAACAGUCUCCAAGUACAGAGACGAGGAUGAACAGAAGGCACACUCCGCCAAUGUAAAUAAGAACAAACGGCAACACCCACAACAGGCAAAUCGGAACAAUACCAACUCUAACUCAAACAACAGUCCAAACGCAAAUCGCGCCAACAGCUUCCGCCCGCGCGGCGGUGGAGCUUUCAACGCGAGGGGGAACUUUAGAGGAGCGCGUGGUCGCGGCGCGUUCGGCGCCCGCGGCGGCGCCUUCCCGCGCGGCGGCUUCGCGCCCGUCAACACGUACAUGCCACCACAGGGCUUCAUGGGCCGACCAAGCUAUCUGUAGACCUGUAGAACAUUUGUAGACUCGACACACGACCCAGCAGGGCGGUUUCAUGAAUGACGGACAACGGCCGAACAAGCGGCUCCGGCAAAUGUAACCCCUAUAACAAAGACAUAAAAUCCAAUACCGUGCGUCGUUGUCCUAUGUUCGUGUGUUUGUGCGUGUGCAGAGCGUCCCUCAGAGACUGCAGUGACAUCAGAUAAAUCUAGCUAAUUCUAUUUACUAAGUACAUGAAAAUGAAGUAAUUGUAAGCUAUAUUGUCUUUUGACAGGUAAUAAAUGUAAUUACUAACA